CCACAACAAGGCACACAGGCGGACAGACAACCAUGGAAUCAACACAUGAAACGUUACAGCAGCUGCUGAACUAUCCUAACAAGGCCACACACCAACUUCAACAGAUACGGCGUGCUGACAUUGUGAUUGCAUCUCAAAGGAAGUCACUUGUGAAAGCGCAGGCAAACGUUGAAGCGUUGACAUCACAGUACUCAAAGAUGCUGAGUGCAGUUCGGGGUAAGAAAGGAACCGUGGAUAUACAACACGCUGCAGAGAUGAUAGACCAAGAGUUGAGAGUUCUAGAGACUACACAGCGAAUCAUACAUGAGAAUAAGCAGCUAUGAGUAUUAGGAUUAGAGUGAUCUGUAUGAUGAAGAAUAUUAGGAAUGAAGAGCC